AUGGCAGUGACUGAUGAUGGCAAUGUUGCGGUGGUCUCCGUGCAGACGAAGGGCAGCCUGCCGGACGGGCUCAAGGACGACCUCAAUGCCGCCAUUCAACGCGUGGGCGGCAGCGACGGCGCGUUCGUUCGCCUCACCACGCGCAGCCCCAAGGACGCGGUGGACAAGAUGCCGGAGCGACUGGCGCCCUUGCUCGAGGAGGCGCUCAGGGGCGUGCCCGAGGACGACCAAAAUGCGACCUUGAUCGCGCUCCGGCGGGCGUUUGCGCAAACGCUGCGCAUCCACAGCGCCGACGAGGCCCUCUUCAUCAUGAGCCUCUCCGGCCGCACCAUAUCCGACGUCAUCCGAAUGUCGAGCCACCCCGACGCCGACCAGUUUUGGGACAUGCAGCUCGUUGUGCGGAAGUUCUGCGACCUGCCUGCCCACGCGCUGAUGUCGGCGCCGCAUGUCAUGCCGCCAGGCGAGUUCCGGGUCUUUGUGCACUCGGGCCAGGUGAGGGGCAUCUCCCAAUACGACACGCUGUGCUACUUCCCGCACCUGGUCCAGCAGAAGGCGGCGAUCGCCGCGCUCGUCCUCGAGUUCCACGAAGCGCUGCACCAGCGCGUGGGCCACUUGUUCGACGCCUACGUCCUCGACCUCGCCCUGCUCGACAACCCGGCCGAGGCCGCGCCCACUCCUCACCGAGUCUUGCUGGUGGAGAUCAACCCGUGGGAUACGCACACCGGCGCGGCGCUCUUCAACUGGGAGCAGGACAAGCAGAUCUUGGAGGGUUCCGAGGGCGAGGUGGAAGUGCGAGUUGUGGAAGAAGAUCGCAAGCCCGUGUUCACCACCUGGCAGCCGCUCGUGGACGCGGCCCGCCAACGUUGCAACCGAGCGAGUGGUGAUGGCCGCGACCAGCCGACAUCGGGCGGCAAAGGCAAGGGAGACGACAAGUGCGUUCUCUCGUGA